UGCCAUGCGAAAUAAAAUAAAAAUACUAUACUAUAGAUAAAACAUUUAAUGUUACUAAUAAAAAAUUUACUGAUGCACUCUGGAGACACGUUUGUCCAAAUGUACUUAGUUGAUUUAAGGCACUAUGCCUUAUGUGUAUUCUAGUAGGGACUAACCAGAAACUUUUAUUUUAAAAUAAACGUAGAUUCACAGAAAUAUGAAGCGAUAGCGCGGUAAGUGCACACGCAAUGCAUAAAUUAUUUUUAUUAUUUACAAUGUUUUGGCUUUUAACAUCACCUUUAAUGUGUAUUUUCUGUCAAAACAAAAACGAGCUAACAUUAUAUGUGUAUUCUAGUAGGGACUAACCAGAAACUUUUAUUUUGAAAUAAAAUCCCUUUACGUACAGAAACGCGGUAAGUGCACACACAGUGCAUAAAUCAUUAUUAUUAAUAAUGUUUUGACUUUUAACGUACUUUGAAUGUGUAUUUCUGUCGACAAAACGAAUUAUCGUUAUAAGUGUAUUCUAGUAGGGACUAACAAGAGUCUUUUAUUUUGAAAUAAAUCUCUUUACGCACAGCUUCACAGAAAUAUGCAAUGAACUGAAGCGAGAACGCGAUAAGUGCACACAAAAUGCACAAAUUAUUAUUAUUAAUAAUAUUUUAACUUUUAACUUCACUUUAAAUGUGUAUUUUCUGUCGACAAAACGAAUUAACUUUAUAUGUGUAUUCUAGUAAGGACUAACCAGAGACUUUUAUUUUGAAAUAAAUCGCUUUACGUACAGCUUCACAGAAAUAUGCAAUGAACUGAACAAGCGAGAACGCGAUAAUGUCAGCACGUUUAUGCAUCACUCGGUUUCCUGUGUAUGGAUGUAGAUGUCAACAUGCAGUACUCAACCGGCUCAGUUCACGCACUCACCCGGUUUUGCACGCGCACCGGCGGUCCCCCGUCACAUUCACGCGCACAGUGCAAAUCCAACCUGUCGCAUUUUGUUCUGAUCUGGCAUCAAGGAAAUACAAUCUAAUCUAUGCGUUUCCACCAAUAAAGGGAUUGCGGGCCCUGUCAAGACUCAAACUUAUGCAGACGGGCAUUACUGUCAUUUUACUGCCCACCGUUUAUUACCUUUACCUGCAGGGAGACGCUUCAGCAACCCUACUGACUUACACAACAUGCAUAGCUGGGUUUGCCGGUGUUAUGCUUUACUCAAUAAGCCACUAUGUUAGGAGAGUGGUUGGCAUGAUGUAUCUGGAUUCAACGCAGACCAUCUUAAAGGUGUCACACCUGACCUUCUGGGGUCACAGGAGGGACAUAUAUGUGCCCGUGUCUGAUGUGAUGACUUUAGGAGAUACUGGUGAUACCAAAGGAGAAGUCAUUCUUCGCAUGAAGCGUUACAGCAGUUCUGAUACCAUGUUUUUCUCCACGAGACUGGGGCGAGUUGUGGAUAAAGAUGCUUUUGGGAAGGUUUUUGGGAGUUUGUCUUGAAAUGACCUUCAACGGUUCUGUUUGUGUCAUGUCAUGCAUCACUGAAAAUAAAAAUGUUGUUUCAAGUUUA